AGCGGCGGUGUCGUCGUCGUCGUCGUCUGGGCCAGGUCCGUCCGUCGGUUUGUUUGUGUGCUUCUCUUCCUUUCCUGUCACUGAGGCGUCGGUCGGUCGGUCGGAGGGAGGCACGAAGGCAGCCGUGAGGAGGAGGGAGCGAGCGAGGGCGCGCUCCGGUCUCGAGGCCAGCCAGCGAGCGAGCGCUAGCCAGUCAGGCUGAGGCGAUGGCGGACGUCCUGAGCGUGCUGCGCCAGUACAACACGCAGAAGAAGGAGAUCGUGGUGAAGGGGGACGAGGUGAUCUUCGGCGAGUUCUCCUGGCCCAAGAACGUCAAGACCAACUAUGUCAUCUGGGGGACCGGAAAAGAAGGCCAGCCCAGGGAGUACUAUACUUUGGAUUCAAUUUUGUUCCUGUUGAAUAAUGUACAUCUUUCACAUCCUGUUUAUGUCCGGCGUGCUGCGACUGAAAACAUUCCGGUGGUAAGAAGACCUGACAGAAAAGAUCUGCUUGCAUACCUGAAUGGGGAAACAUCAACAUCAUCAAGUAUAGACAGAAGUGCGCCACUUGAAAUAGGUCUUCAGCGAUCCACUCAAGUUAAAAGAGCAGCUGAUGAAAUACUAGCAGAAGCAAAGAAACCAAGAAUAGAAGAUGAAGAGUGUGUACGUCUGGACAAAGAGCGACUGGCUGCUCGGCUGGAAGGGCACAAGGAAGGCAUUGUGCAGACAGAGCAGAUCAGGUCCCUGUCUGAAGCUAUGUCUGUGGAAAAAAUUGCCGCUAUCAAAGCCAAAAUCAUGGCCAAGAAAAGGUCCACUAUCAAGACUGAUUUGGACGAUGACAUAACCGCUCUUAAACAGCGAAGUUUUGUAGAUGCAGAAGUCGACGUAACGAGGGAUAUAGUCAGCAGGGAAAGGGUGUGGAGGACAAGAACUACCAUUUUACAAAGCACAGGGAAGAACUUUGCCAAGAACAUUUUCGCAAUUCUUCAGUCAGUCAAAGCUAGAGAAGAAGGCCGUGCACCUGAACAAAGACCGGCACCAAAUACUGCACCAGUGGACCCCACUUUACGAAACAAGCAGCCCACUCAAGCCGCCUACAACAGAUAUGAUCAGGAAAGGUUUAAAGGAAAGGAGGAGACGGAAGGCUUUAAGAUUGACACCAUGGGAACUUACCACGGAAUGACUCUGAAGUCUGUAACGGAAGGAGCUUCGGCACGGAAGACUCAGACCCCAGCAGCGCAGCCGGUGACGAGGCCAGUCUCCCAAGCAAGGCCUCCUCCAAACCAGAAAAAAGGAUCUCGAACGCCCAUAAUCAUUAUUCCAGCAGCUACCACCUCUUUAAUAACUAUGCUUAAUGCGAAAGAUCUUCUGCAGGAUCUGAAGUUUGUGCCAUCCGAUGAAAAGAAAAAGCAAGGCUGUCAGCGAGAGAAUGAAACUUUAAUACAAAGAAGGAAAGACCAGAUGCAGCCUGGUGGAACUACCGUCAGUGUUACUGUACCAUACCGUGUGGUUGAUCAACCUCUGAAACUUAUGGCUCAGGAUUGGGACCGUGUGGUAGCUGUGUUUGUGCAGGGUCCUGCUUGGCAGUUCAAGGGCUGGCCAUGGUUGCUACCUGAUGGAUCACCUGUUGAUAUUUUUGCAAAAAUUAAAGCUUUCCACCUUAAAUACGAUGAAGUCCGUCUAGAUCCAAAUGUCCAGAAAUGGGAUGUAACAGUGUUAGAGCUCAGUUACCACAAACGGCACUUGGACAGACCAGUGUUUCUACGUUUCUGGGAGACAUUGGACAGGUACAUGGUAAAGCACAAAUCACACCUGAGAUUCUGAGUUUGGAACUGCCAUUUUGUUUUCUCAAACCUUGGAUUCAGGAAUCUGGAAGCUACUCUGGUCUACAGAAGAGAGUUCUCCCUGUCCAUAUUUGUCAAGAACAGUUUACAGAUAAAGAAGGGAGCCAUCGCUGAAUCUUUUAUAAGACCUUGUUGGACCGCUGUAUUGCAAUGACAGGCUGACAGCCCGUCAUCAUUACAAGCAAAGGGUUUUGCUUAAAACUUAUUUUUUAAUAAUGUAAGCCUUCUAGCCUGCAAUUCAAAUUGUAUAUUUUGAUAGCAGCCAUUUCUCCCCCAUUUUGUUAAAUUGGCAGCAUUUUUACAACUUUUUUUUUUUGUUGCUUCUGAAUAGAACAUAGGUCGAUUUUCACAGAAGGUUAUGAAUGUGUGUGUAUGUGUAUAUAUA